GUCUCUCAGUAGGCUGGAUUAGCCACAAGUUGUGGUGAACCAGGGUAAAAUCGGUGUGCCUCUUACUCUUCUCUUUACUUCUCGUUUAUUCAUUUUUUAUUCCUGCGAUUUUUGAUCAAACGCUAUUCACCCCCCCUCUAGCGUUGGUCUAUUAUUCUAACAAUUGGUAUCAGAGCCUAACUUGCGUCCAAACUUAACCGUUUGAGAGUAAAGCGAUCAUGGGCUCUUCUUCUAGAAAUCUCUAUGCAAGAAUUGGAGAAGGACAAUCAACCUCUAGGCCACCACUCUUUGAUGGAACCAACUACUCCUAUUGGAAGGAACGGAUGAGAAUCUAUAUUCGUUCCACCAAUUUCCAAUUGUGGUUGGUGAUCAAAAAUGGCGAAGAAAUUCCUAUGAAGAAAGUGGGAGAAACCACGGUCCCAAAGACCGAAGACGAAUUUGAUGCCGAGGACAUCAAGAAGGUCGAAAACUAUGCAAAGGCCAUCAAUAUGUUAUAUUGCGCGGUCAACCCCGAUGACUACCGAAAGAUCUCCUGUUGCACGACCGCCAAGGAGAUGUGGGACAAGCUUGAAGUGACGUACGAAGGUACCGAUCAAGUUCGCGAAGCCAAGAUCGACUUUCUCACCCAAGAGUACGAAAUGUUCCGGAUGAAAGAAGGUGAGAAAAUUGAUGACAUGUUCGACCGGUUCUCAAAGAUAAUCAAUGAUCUUCAUGCCCUCAAAAAGACCUACACCAACAAGGAUCUUGUGAGGAAAAUCCUGCGGAGCCUCACACCCGAAUGGAGGUCAAAAGCCGAUGCAAUCUACGAAUCCAUCGGAGUCUCCAACGUCACCAUCGACGGGCUAAGAGGUAACCUUAAAACCUAUGAAUCUACUAUUCUAACCCCGUCUUUGGAUGAACAAAAGAAGAAGGGAAUAGCGCUGAAAGCCACCAAGGAACCGGUGGAAGAGGCUUCAAGCGAUGACGACAAUGAAUUCGGGCUCGUCAUCAAGAAGUUUCACAAGUUCAUGAAGAAGGAAUUUGAGCGGAAGGGAAGGAAGCACGACGGUCCUCCCAAAUGCUACGGCUGUGGCGAGAUUGGGCACAUCAAGCCAAGGUCAGGAGCUUCCGGAAAAUCCAAGGCCAAAUCCCGGGCACCGGUAACCAAUCCCGAGGAUCGCAUUGACUACGGCGACGGGACGUAUCUCUGGUUCGAUUCCGAGGAGGAGCACACCCGUUUUCUCACCUUCUUCUCUAAACGGGUUGUGGCUCCCUCACGAAUCAUCCCGGAGCGUUACCCUGAGUUGCAGGGCUACGACGAUCUCGACGCGCAGCUUCAUCAAUCCGGCCUUUGGCCGUUUGUCUCCCGGGCACGCAAGGAGAUCAACCCGGCGCUGAUUCGGGCCUUCUACUCCAACCUCCGCCGUGAGGACGACGUGCUCUGCUCGCUCGUCAAGAGCACGCCGAUCGAGCUCACCGUGGAGCGGCUUGGACGCAUCGCCGGCCUCCCCUUCCAAGGCGACGAUGUGUCACACUAUGGUGGAGAGGAUUGGGUGCUCAACAACGAGGGCCUUAUUCUCAACGAGCUUGGCAUCACCGAGCUCAAACGCCAUGCCUCAGGCCGCCCAACCAUCCACUCCGCCAGACCCGAAGGCCGCCUGGUCCUCUACAUCGUCACCCGAAUCAUCAAACCGAGGAAGCACGGCCACACCAUCAUGCACAGUGAAGACCUCAAGCUUAUCCAUGCGAUCAUGCAUUCGGCCCCAAUCAAUUGGGCAAAGUUUGUCAUGAUCAACAUGACGAUUGCCGCGUCCACCGAGCACGACCACCUCCUCCCGUACCCGUUUUUGGUGAUGGACAUCCUUGAACGGUUCAAGGUAACCACCACCGUUGGUCCACUCACGAAGGCCACGAAGAUUUGGACAAUCACCAAACCAAACCUUCCUCAAGCGGUUGGACAACGCCGCGGCUGCCACGCCGCACUGCCACUGCCGCUGGCCAAGCCGAACCCCAGGCCCGGGCCAACCUCACCUCCAUCGCCGACUCACUCAACCAGCUCCACCUCAAGGUUGACGGGAUGGGGAGCUACCUUGAACGGCUCGACGUGGCUGUUCAACGCCAAGGAUACGCGAUGAACUCGUACUUCCAAGGCAUCAACUACGUCCCCCACCGUACCACGACACGUUCUUUGGGCAAGUGUACGGUGACGAAGACGAAGCCGAUGACUCCUACGCC